GUAGUUGACAUGGAUAUGCAAGCUCAGAUGGAAAAAGCGAAAGAAGACAUGAAAGUCUUGCUAGAAAAUUUUUCAGAUGAACAACUUCAGAGAUAUGAAGGAUAUCGUCGUUCAGCUUUGAAUCGUACCAAUGUGAAAAGAUUAGUAAGCCAAGUGUUAAAUCAGCAAUGUUCACAGACAAUGGCAUUUGUCGUGGCAGGUUUUUCAAAAGUGUACAUAGGUGAAAUAGUAGAAAAAGCUAAAGAAAUAAUGGAAGAAUGGGGGGAUCAAGGAGCGAUUAGACCGGAACAUUUACGAGAAGCACACAGAAGAUAUAAAAAAGAG